AUGGAAGGAUCAUUUCUCCUCCAGAAUAUCUUCCUCGGAGACCUUCCACUACGAUCUCCGGACAGGGACUUACUCGCUGUGUCUCGCUCAGAACCCCGCUCCCAUUCACCGGCUCCGGAAACAUCGACAUCUACCAUAGGGCCUCCCGAGUUCUUCAUCAGGUCCGAUGCUUUUCGCUCAGCGGGCCACCAUCUUUUUCAAUCUGGCUUAGAGGGAAUGGGCUGCGGCAAUUCAUCUUUUUAUGACAAUCUUUUGAAGGCAUGUAACCUCUGCAUGAGGGAAUUCAAUGAGGCGCUCCAUGCGUAUUUCGAUUUUCCGGCCCUUUGCCGUCCCUUCAUUCCAGAGGAUGCAUUUUGGCAAGACUUCCAUGCAGACCGAUGUGGCUAUUCUCUUCUCACAGCCAUUGCCUGCUGUGGUAUCCCUUUUACAAAAGUGGAAAAUAAGUGGAACAAGCAGCGGCUCCUCGCCGGCAUGUUUAGAAAAGAACUUAUGAAGACUAUGACGGCCACACCUCAUAACCGUCCGAUCCGCCUGGACGAACUUGAGGCUAUGGCUCUUAUGGUCGAUUCUGAAUAUGGCAAUACACGCAAAACCGCGGACCCCCUUUGGAAUCUAUUCAUGACGCACGACGCCCUCGUCUUGAAAACUUUGCAGUCUCGAAAUCGCGGACCCAGGGGGACAGAUUCUUCGGCACUAUUUACACAGGCUGACGAGCGCUUCACGCUUCUCUAUUGGGAGGUCUAUUGUCUAGAUGCUUUUCAAUCUCUCAAUCACAAGGCCAUCUCUCUCAUUCCAGACAACGCGUUGGCGCUAGACCAGAAUCCUCUAAGAUAUGGAGUUCAAAGCUAUCUUGAUGCCAUUCUGAGCUUGUCCAUGGUUGCGCGACAAAUUGCCAGGAAACUGUGUAACACCACGGUGAAAACCACUGGUAUUGCUUACGAGGACAUCACCAUGCUCCAUGAACAGCUUUUUCGCUGGCGCAACCACAGUCUGCCUUCUGAGCUGCGAGUAUCGAUUGAUGCAGAGGACGAAUUCAUUGCAGAGACCCUUACUCGUCGGGGGGGCGACUCCGAUCCCAGCCAGCAGAGUGAUUCGCCUUCAACGGGCAAUUCUACGGGCACUCGAGAUCAAGUGUUAUUUACAGAUUGA